AUGUCUUCUUCAUCAAUAGGCAACCAAGACGACAAUAUUAAUGAAGCCAAUGGUUUAUCACAAACAGUACACCCACUUACAUCGUCGGUAACAGAAGUACAAACACCAACAUUAGAACAACAACGUUACCAAACGACAUUUCAUGAGGAAAACAUGAUUGAUCAAAUCGAUGCAAUUAUUCGUCGUUUGUUGACCAGUCCAAAUCAUCAGUCUCCCUAUCAAUUCACCUUUCGAUGGACUGUUGCUGAAGAGCCCAAUCUCAAUUAUAGUGUGGCAUUGAGUAUUCAUGAGACAACAUUUCCUAAUUGA